ACCUGGCAGCGUCAAUACUUAUUUGAACGCCUAUAAAAACUCUAUUUUUGACGAUAUCGAAAAACAGAAAACGAGGUCCAAAGUAAGGCUGGUCAUUUGUAGGCAUGAAAGACCCAAAAUGUCGUCAAUGUUACCUGGCUAGCUUGCACAUGCGGGAUCGUUGCCCUGUAAUACUCGAAAGUUCUUAAACAGUGUUGUUACUGUUUACUAGUCUAACGUCCCUACAGUACCGUAACGCAAAAUCUAAAAUCUGACUUCCUAUGUCUUCCAUUUGUAGAAAAGUUUUGUCCACAGAUUGGUAUAUGCAGCAACGACACAGCUAAAGUCCGAGGAUAAACGGAGCAGAAUUGCAGAAUACAAUGAGCAUUUUUUGUCAAAAUUCCAGAAAAACCCUCAGACCGAAGGAGUUACUGGCAUACUGCUAUUAUACCCGAGAUGUGUUAUUCAUUUGAUGGAGUCCUCUUCGGAAGUUCUCCACAUGAUUCUGAAAGAUCUGAAUGACAUGGAGAACAGGCCAGAUUUUCCACUGAAAGAGGUGCGUAUCCUGGUGGUUUCUCACUGCGUGCCACGUAUGUUCCCAUCGUGGGGCUACCAGUUAGUGACGGCGCCCCUCAGCCUCCAGGAUCCCACUGCACUGCAGCAGCCCGUGGAGACGCUUGUCACAGACAGUCUGGCCAUGGUCUACAAGCUCUGUGUUCGCCUCGUACGUAGGGACAGUAGUUCAGGCCAGGAAGCUCAGGAGCCAAAUAUACCUUUAGAGGAGGAUACAAUCCUCUAUAUCUGUCAGAGUCCCGUGCUGCGCUCCCCAUCCAACUUCCUACAAAUCUACACCAAGCCAACCCACAUUCUCAUGGACUCUGAAGUCGUAUGGCCGACCCAACGCAGACUUUACUGGUAGAAGAAUGAAGAACAUUAAACAGUGAUCAUCCCUGAAUAACAUCAAAUAAAGCCUUGUCUUAUUAACAUUGCAUGUGUGAUAGAGCGUGUGUGACCGAGCCAUAAGUCACACACAUUU